AUAAGACCACUGGUUCGUCUGUUCGCUAUUAAUUCGUCCUCGGAUGUAAUUUCGGUUUCGAAUUGGUCUUCGACGACUACGACACGCUCGAAGCGACAAAACACACCUCCCUCUACAAUAACUCAGCAAGCGAUUGCGUUCAUUGGCAAUGAACUGUAUUCGAUAAGACGUGACAGCGAUUCACCACAACCUUAUCUUCUACACUUGGACAUGAUUAAUAUUGAGAAUGUCUUACACAAGGUUCCAAUCGGUGGUGAGGUAAACAGUGUUGAUGCGGUCAUUUCUGACUGGGUAGCAAAUCGUUUGCUGUUUGUCUCAUUUGGUCAUUUGAUGCAAAUUGGUCUCGAUGGUAUUCAGGGUGUUUCGUCUGUGACGCCAAAGCGAAUAAUGGAUCUGUCACCAGGAGCUGGUGAUGCAAAACAACUUCUGUAUGAUCCGUUCACAAACACGGCGUAUCUUCUCACAAAAAAUGGCUCGUUAUUUUCACUUGAUAUGACGAAAAGAACUGAGCAGAAUUUAGCACUCCGGUAA